UUUUACCCUAAUUCUCAAAGAGUUUUUUUUUAUUCUCUCUUUGUCAAAAACAAAAAGCUUCUUCUUUUUCUCUCUGUAAACAAAGCUUCUUCUAGUUCUACAAUGUUGACGAAGGACAAAACAACGAAAUUGUUCUCGGUGAGAAACCGAAGAUGUUUCAAGAAACAACCUAAGACAACAAAUCUUGCUUUGAGAGAACAGACCAUGUUUAAGAAAGCCUCUGAGCUUUCCAUCCUUUGUGAUGUCGAAGUCUGUGUUAUAUACUACAACCGUGACGGAGAACUCGUCAGGACAUGGCCGGAAGAUCAAUCCAAGGUUCGAGACAUGGCGGAGAGAUUCAGCAAACUCAACGAUAGAGAGAGACGCAAGAAAAGCACAAACCUUUCUUUCUUUCUGAAUAAGAAGACCCUCAAAGACAAGAAGUCAUCUUUUGAUAUCAUGGACUACAAAUUCUCUGAGAAUGUCUUGGAGAUGGAGGCUUCGUUAGAGAGUUCUAUACGGGUGUUACAAGAUAAGAUUCUUCGGUUACAGAACCAGACGGAACCCGAUCAGAACUCUGUGGUGUCUUCCGACGGCUUCUUCACAACAGAUCCAUCAUUGAUGAGCGGUGGUGUGUCAGUAACAGAGAAAGACUUAUCGACACCUUCAUUGACUCAACAAAAUCAGAGCAAAGUUUCAGUCUUUCUCUAUAACCAUGACAACGGAAGCUUCUGUCAACUCCCUGACUCCUCUGUUUCUACCUUUGACCCAUCGACGAAGUUAGAUUAUGAGUUUUAA